CGCGCGGGCCGCCGCGGGCGCCCCUCCGCGGGCCUCCGCGGGCGCCGCGGGGCGGGCGGCUCGGGAGGCGGCCUCGGGCGGCCCGCCGCUCGAGGACAUCCGCCCCAGGGCGUCGCGCUCGACCUUGCAUUCGACAGCGCGGAGGCCCUGAGGAGCCAUGACCUGCGGAUCCAGGCAGAGCUCAGGCGGCGCCUGGAGCGGCCCUUCCUCAGCGCAGACUCGGGCCUCUUCGAGAUGGCGAGGGAGAAGUCGUGGGUGAUGGACAGACGUGGACCGCGCCCGGUAUACCGAUGCCGAGAGCGUGUUUGACGCUCUCGCGAAAACAGUUGAAGGGCACCAUCCAGUACGCUUGCUACGCAUGUCUUGGCUGCUGCAGAUGGAGGAGAAUGUGUUGAAACGGCGCCAGGAGCUCCCCGAUAAUGCGUUCGUGUCAGCUGAAGAGCUACGGGACGUGUGGGAAGACGGUAGGCGUGGAGGACCUGACCGGGCCCUUCCCAUCGUGGCAGUCUCUGCCUGUUGGGACACACGGGAACACCCUGAUCCCACCGGAAGGCAGUUGAAAAUGAUCGUGGACACGCUCAAGUCUGAGCGCACGAAAUAUUGUCAGCGGUGGUUUCUGUUUGGAGGUUUCAGCGAAAUGGGGGUAUUCUGGGACUGGCCGUCGCUGCUUCAAGGAAACACCCAAAGGUCCAUUGCGGCGAGGCAGGCUGCGCUCGCGGAGCACAAGACCGAGCAGGAGGCCGUGGCAGCCGCGUCAGAUGCAGAGCGCACGCCCAGUGAGAAGGCGGCUUUCGGCUACGCCCUGCACCAGACGAUGGACCUUUGGUAUGCCCACCAGGGCACCACGGUGCUCCUCGUCACGCAGCACCCGCGCGAGAGGGGCAGCCAGCGGGAGCAGGGCUAUGAGGAGUCGGGUUGGGCCACCUACGAGCGUUGCUCGGCCGAGCAAAUCAAAACGGGCAACCGAUUGGUUGCAAAGUGGGAUUCCGUGUUGGACCUUGGCAGUAGCACAUGCAGCGUCAAGGCAGUGGGUAGAUGUUGGCCAGUGGGCCCUCAAGCUUUUGACGGUCUGAUUCAGACCAAGUCAUUCACGAACAGUGCCGAUCGCACUGCGGUCAAGGAGCUCUAUCGGAAGAUGAGCACUGCGCAUCUCGGCAGCGUGAGGGAGAUUUCGCAGGGAUGCCGCGCCCAGAGCCCGCCGACAUAGCCCGCCUCGGGGGUUGCUUGCUUUUCUGCCGGAGCCUAGAGAAGCUUGACCUGGAUUGCGUUCAGGGCUCUGGGGCAGGGGCCUCCGCGCGCUGCUCGCGCCCCUGGCGGCCGCGCCCCGGGCGGCGGGGCCACCGCUCCCGGCGCUGAGGCUGCUCUCCUUGAGGCACAAAGCGGUCGGCGACGCGGAGGCCGAAUUGCUUGCCUCCGCGCUCCCCGCCGCCCCAGCGCUGACGUGGCUCCGGCUCUCUGACAACGCUAUCGGCGGCGCGGGGGCCGAGGCGGUCGCCGCCGCGCUCCCCGCCGCACCAGCGCUGAGGGUGCUCGACCUCGCCUCCAACGCGGUCGGCGACGUGGGGGCCGAGGCGGUCGCCGCCGCGCUCCCCGCCGUCCCGGCGCUGAGGAUACUCGACCUCACCUCCAACGCGAUCGGCGACGCGGGCGCCGAGGCGCUCGCCGCCGCGCUCCCCGCCGCCCCAGCGCUGGAGAGGCUCCGCCUCCGCUCGAACGCGAUCUGCGACGCAGGGGCGCAGGCGAUCGCCGCCGCGCUUCCCGCGGCCCCGGCGCUGCUGACGCUGGCCCUCGCCUCCAAUGCGAUCGGCGACGCAGGUGCCGAGGCGCUCGCCGCCGCCCUGGCGCCCGGGAAGCUCGACCUCAAGUGGUGACGCGGUCUGCGAUGCGCUGAAGUUCUGCGGACGGCGAAAGUUCUGACAUGAACUUCCCAGCGCCAUCGCAAAAGGCGCCCACGAAGCCGAAGACGUGGAUUCCCCAUCCGACAGGUUGGGGCUCGUCUUUGACUGGUGUAUGUGAUUGGCGUAUGCUCUUGGCAGCAAGAACGGGCCCACGAGAGGCCCUUUUGCUCGGAGCCGUUGUCUGCCGACCACGACGUUUGCUGUUCCUCCGCCUUGCCUCCCUUGUGGCCGCUCGGCUGGCCCCUGCCUGGGCGCGGCCGAGCUUUGCUGUUGGUGCGCCUCGUUGUGCAUGAGAUACUUCUCGGUCGUAUUGACCAGAGCAGGGGCUUCGGCCAAGAAGAGCUCCAGGAAUUGAGCGUUCCCCUAGUUCCCGUCCAGGGUCGCUUGUUUCAGGGACCUCAGGUGCUGGCAGGCAAAAACCAUCGCGCGGUUGACCUUACCCUUGACGAGCAGAUCGAGGAUCUUGCACAGAAGGGCCAGUUCGGACUUGAUCCUUUUCGACGAAAUCUAUUUCGUCGAGAGAACCCACAGGAAGAAGGCGCUGACCGGCGGCGGAGGUGGCUGGUCCUUGCUCUCUUCGUUGUUAUUGUUCGCCUCGUCUCCAGGCGACACCUGCUUCGCCAUCGUUCGAAGGAAACGCUUGGCGAGGCGGCCCGGGUUGUGUCACGCGAAGCGCAAGAGCCGCUCCUGGGUCACAGUGGACCGGCUCCCUGAAGCCGAGGCUACGUGAAAACCCAUCUCCUCUGAGUCGCUGCAGCUCGAGACUCGCAUGUACCUUUUCCUCCUCCGGUUGGGCGAGUCGGGCGAGGCCCCGCGCGCUGGGCGGUCCUCGCGACGCCGUCCCUUCUCUGGGCUGUCCUGGGCCUCACCGCGUUCGUGUUUGGGCCUUCCCUCGCGGUCCCGGUCCCCGAGCCUGCCGUCGCGGUCCCUUCUGCCGUUCUGGGGAACGUCUUCUCCUGCUCUCUUUUUGGCCCUCUCGGCUCAGGCGGAGCACGGUCUGGUUCCCCGUCCUCCGGUGCCGGUCGGCCCCCUCGCCCCUCGCCAGCUUCGAGCCGGCAGCUUCUGCCUCGUGCCGUCGCCUCGGCCGGCACCGGGGGGGCCAUCACGAGCGCCAUCCCACAUGGCGCCGUCAGGGGCCCCAGAACCCCGCCGCUCCCCUUUCCGAGGGGCCCCGCGAGGCGGUGGUGCUGGAGGCGGUGGGACCCGUCGUCCUCUUUCGGCUUCCUCUUCUCGUCCUCGUCGCGGUUGACUCGCCCUCCUCCUGGGCCACGCUGCUCUUCCUCCUCCUCGUCCUCAUCCGGCUGUUUCUUGCCGUCUCCGAGGGUUCCCAAACCUUGGUUUUGAACUUUUUUGGCAAUCCACAUUAUCUUGUCCUUCUAAGUGUAAUCAAUUGCGACCGGCCUCCAUACCUCUAUGUGAAUUCGUUGCGGCCUUGGUGCUUCCAGCACUCCGCGGCAUGGUCGGGACACAGGUGGUAGCAUCCCUUUGUGGGCCACCCGCCACCGAGCAUCCAUUGCGCGUCACAGUCGACGGAAAUGGGCCAGAGCAUUUUCCAUUAGGGUUGCUCUUGUUCGAAUGGGACAUUGAUUCGCCACAAGGGCAGUUGGUGUCUCACCUCCAGGCUGACCGACGGACGGAUUGCAUUUGUCGGCGCAUAGGCCCGCGCGAAAAUUUCGCACGGAGACUGCCAGUCUAAGCAUCAACGUGUCCGUGUCCCUUGGCUCUACAAAGCACAUAUGCAGUGCGCACGGUUUUAGAAAUAUCGUAUCUUGCGCAGGAGACGACUUGUAUAAUCCUAUGAAUAGUGGUCUCCAUGUUCGUUAACCCGAAGCACUUAUCUUCCCAACCUCAGCCCAAAGUCUCUCUAUAAUUGUGGCUUCGGAAUUCGUUGAUGCGUUCAUUGCAGCAGGGGAUGGCGCUUACGACUUAAAGUUAGUCUUCGCCAUCGCCAUGCUUGCGAGUGAUGACAGCUCGGGGCCUUUUUGCUGCGCGCCUUUCUGCGGCGAGACGUAUAAGAGCUUCUUCUGUGUAGAAUUUGCACCGGAGCGUUUUCCUAGCAAGGUGUCGCAAUGCUUCAUUCGACAAGCACGAGUGGGGAGUUGUUCUGAUUUUGCAGAUCGAGUUGCCCGACGAAAAGAUGUGGUGUGCCUGCGGGGUCAGACGCGC